AUGACCACCGCCCUGGCUCAGUGGGUUGCCCUUGCCCUGGCUCAGUGGGUUGCCCUGGCUCAGUGGGUUGCCCUGGCUCAUGGGUUGCCCCUGGCUCAGUGGGUUGCCCUUGCCCUGGCUCAGUGGGUUGCCCCUGGCUCAGUGGGUUGCCCCUGGCUCAGUGGGUUGCCCUUGCCCUGGCUCAGUGGGUUGCCCUUGCCCUGGCUCAGUGGGUUUCCCCUGGCUCAGUGGGUUGCCCUUGCCCUGGCUCAGUGGAUUGCCCUGGCUCAGUGGAUUGCCCUGGCUCAGUGGAUUGACCUGGCUCAGUGGGUUGCCCUGGCUCAGUGGGUUGCCCUGGCUCAGUGGAUUGCCCUGGCUCAGUGGAUUGACCUGGCUCAGUGGGUUGCCCUGGCUCAGUGGAUUGACCUGGCUCAGUGGGUUGCCCUGGCUCAGUGGAUUGACCUGGCUCAGUGGGUUGCCCUGGCUCAGUGGAUUGACCUGGCUCAGUGGGUUGCCCCUGGCUCAGUGGGUUGCCCCUGGCUCAGUGGGUUGCCCUUGCCCUGGCUCAGUGGGUUGCCCCUGGCUCAGUGGGUUGCCCUUGCCCUGGCUCAUGGGUUGCCCUUGCCCUGGCUCAGUGGGUUUCCCCUGGCUCAGUGGGUUGCCCUUGCCCUGGCUCAGUGGGUUGCCCUGGCUCAGUGGGUUGACCUGGCUCAGUGGGUUGCCCUGGCUCAGUGGGUUGCCCUUGCCCUGGCUCAGUGGGUUGCCCUUGCCCUGGCUCAGUGGGUUGCCCUGGACUGCAGAGCACUGGGGGUGGUAGAAGAUCAGGGCCUGCAGAAGGUUCUGCAGAUUGCGUCCUCUGACCCAACAUACGAGCUGCCAUGCAGAAAGACAGUGACAAAAAGAGUCCAGCAGCUUUAUGACGAUGAAAAGAAAGAAAAGGAGGAUUUCUUGUUGGAGAAAGCCAAGUGUGUUGCCCUGACUGGGGAGCAUUGGACCUCAUUAAGCAACUCACAUUAUCUCGGUGUGACGACACACUUUAUUGACAUGAAGUGGCAUCUUCACGCAUUUGCCUUUACCAUGCAGAAGACCAUCUCUAGGCUCUUUGCUGAAAACGUGGCAGAAGAUUUUGAGUCUGUGGCAGAGGCCUGGGAAAUCAGACAAAAAGUCACCACGAUCGGAACAGACGUGCUGUCCUCAGUGAACAUUCAGAGCUCCUCCCCCACUAACUCCAGCAUCGACCUGACCUGGGCCUCUGUGGACUUCGCUAUUUUCUACACUGUGUCUGUGCUCAAAUAUGAAGCCAAUGAGACCAAAAGGAUCACCAUGAACACCAUGGGGACUAACUGCACCUUCUCCGACCUGGACCCUGGGGUGCUGUACCACAUCAGGGCCUUCGCCUGGGAUGCAGAGGGGCGCAUGGGCGAGUUCGGGGAGGCCAACCAGACCACCAGACCUUCCACGCCGGCCGCUGUGACCGUGACCAUGGUGAACGCAUCGCUGGCACUAAACGUGUCGUGGAGUCUGGAUCCGGAUGUGUACGGUGAUGUCCUGUACAACGCCAGCAGUAACCUAGGGCCUUGGUGCAGCAGUGAGGGCUCCUCCUGUGAGCUGACUCCUGUGUCCUGUGCCCAGACACACUCUGUGGAGGUGACCGCCUACAACGAGGCCGGGCCCAGUGUCCCCUCCAGCCCCAUCAGCUUCACUACCAUCCCCUGCCCACCUCCAAACCUGGCUGUAGUGGAGAGCAGCCCCGGUAACUGCAGCUUCUCUUGGGACAGUGUGAGUGUCACCGACCUGUAUAUGGCUUAUGUAAAGACUGCAGAUGGAGAGGCUGUCUGUAACACCACCACCACCAGCUGCUCUUUCUCCUGUGACUGCGGAUACACUUACCUCAUGAACGUGUUCGCCAUCAAUGAGGCGGGCAGUAGCCAGCCCGGACAGGUCCUCAACUACACCACAGAGCCCUGCUGUCCCACAUCGCUGAAUGUCUCUCUGGUCGGUGCCGACACUCUGGAGGUGGAGUGGCUGCGUGCGAGGGGGGCGGAGCUGUACGAGACACGAGCGCUGGACGGGUCACACGCUGUCCUCUGUAACGACACUGCCCCGGUGUGCGUACUGUCCUAUCUGAGCUGUGACACCAGCUACAACGUCAGCGUGCUGCCAUGCAACGAGCUGCGCGGCUGCAACCUCAACUGCCCCACACUGACCAGAGACACAGCGGCCUGCACCCCCACCGGGCUCUCCAUCAGCGCUCUGAACUCCAGUGCCGUGGCGGUCAGCUGGACCUCCACUAACAGGGCUGCCACCUUCACCGUCACCGCCUCCGGGGAUGACCCACACAGCUGCACUUCCGCCACUGGAGGCAGCAACUGUGACCUGGGAGACCUGAAGUGUGGAUCCAGCUACGAGAUCCAAGUCACAGCAUCCAGCGCCGCAGGAGAUAGCUUACCGAGCUACAGCAAGCUAUAUGAAACAGAGCCAUGCUGUCCAGCAGCCUUGACCGUGAAGCAGGUCACCCAGGCCAUGAGCAACGUGUCGUGGUCCCCAGCCAAAGGAGCGCACACCUUCCUCACCGCGCUCAGCUCCAGCAAAGGCCACGCCCGCUGCCACACGGAGGACCUUCACUGUAUUAUGGGAUGUAUCACAUGCAGCACCAACUACACCGUCACCAUGGCAGCACACAGUCUGAGUGGACUAACAGCCAACUGCUCCUAUGACGGUUUCUCCUCCAGCCUGUGCUGUCCGUCCGGCAUCAGAAUCUACAGGACCAGUGUCAACGGUCUACGGGUGGUGUGGCGCUCCAGUCCCGUGGCCCAUGUGACCCAGGUGAACAUGACGGGGCAGUCUGACGCCUACAGCUGCAGCGCUCAACCCGGCGUGAACCACUGCGAUCUGAGCUCAGUGCGCUGUGGAGACGAGUAUGAACUGCUGGUGGUCCCGGUGAGAGCUGACGGCAGCCCAGAAGACUUCUGCCCUCACCGCAAGUAUACAGCGUUUUGGCGCCCCUGUCCUGUGGCGCCCCUGUCCUGUGGCGCCCCUGUCCUGUGGCGCCCCUGUCCUGUGGCGCCCCUGUCCUGUGGCGCCCCUGUCCUGUGGCGCCCCUGUCCUGUGGCGCCCCUGUCCUGUGGCGCCCCUGUCCUGUGGCGCCCCUGUCCUUUGGCGCCCCUGUCCUGUGGCGCCCCUGUCCUAGGGGCGCCACUGUCCUUUGGCGCCACUGUCCUUUGGCGCCCCUGUCCUUUGGCGCCCCUGUCCUUUGGCGCCCCUGUCCUUUGGCGCCCCUGUCCUGUGGCGCCCCUGUCCUGUGGCGCCCCUGUCCUGUGGCGCCCCUGUCCUUUGGCGCCCCUGUCCUGUGGUGCCCCUGUCCUGUGGCGCCCCUGUCCUUUGGCGCCCCUGUCCUUUGGCGCCCCUCGCUCCUGUCCUGUGGCGCCCCUGUCCUGUGGCGCCCCUGUCCUUUGGCGCCCCUGUCCUUUGGCGCCCCUGUCCUGUGGCGCCCCUGUCCUUUGGCGCCCCUGUCCUGUGGCGCCCCUGUCCUGUGGCGCCCCUGUCCUGUGGCGCCCCUGUCCUUUGGCACCCCUGUCCUGUGGCGCCCCUGUCCUGUGGCGCCCCUGUCCUGUGGCGCCCCUGUCCUGUGGCGCCCCUGUCCUGUGGCGCCCCUGUCCUUUGGCACCCCUGUCCUGUGGCGCCCCUGUCCUUUGGCGCCCCUGUCCUGUGGCGCCCCUGUCCUGUGGCGCCCCUGUCCUGUGGCGCCCCUGUCCUGUGGCGCCCCUGUCCUUUGGCGCCCCUGUCCUUUGGCGCCCCUGUCCUUUAGCGCUCCUGUCCUGUGGCGCCCCUGUCCUGUGGCGCCCCUGUCCUUUGGCGCCCCUGUCCUUUGGCGCCCCUGUCCUGUGGCGCCCCUGUCCUUUGGCGCCCCUGUCCUGUGGCGCCCCUGUCCUGUGGCGCCCCUGUCCUGUGGCGCCCCUGUCCUUUGGCGCCCCUGUCCUUUGGCGCCCCUGUCCUUUGGCGCCCCUGUCCUUUAGCGCUCCUGUCCUGUGGCGCCCCUGUCCUGUGGCGCCCCUGUCCUGUGGCGCCCCUGUCCUUUGGCGCCCCUGUCCUGUGGCGCCCCUGUCCUUUGGCGCCCCUGUCCUUUGGCGCCCCUGUCCUUUAGCGCUCCUGUCCUGUGGCGCCCCUGUCCUUUGGCGCCCCUGUCCUUUGGCGCCCCUGUCCUUUAGCGCUCCUGUCCUGUGGCGCCCCUGUCCUGUGGCGCCCCUGUCCUUUGGCGCCCCUGUCCUUUGGCGCCCCUGUCCUGUGGCGCCCCUGUCCUGUGGCGCCCCUGUCCUUUGGCGCCCCUGUCCUUUGGCGCCCCUGUCCUGUGGCGCCCCUGUCCUUUGGCGCCCCUGUCCUGUGGCGCCCCUGUCCUGUGGCGCCCCUGUCCUUUGGCGCCCCUGUCCUUUGGCGCCCCUGUCCUUUAGCGCUCCUGUCCUGUGGCGCCCCUGUCCUGUGGCGCCCCUGUCCUUUGGCGCCCCUGUCCUGUGGCGCCCCUGUCCUUUGGCACCCCUGUCCUGUGGCGCCCCUGUCCUGUGGCGCCCCUGUCCUUUGGCGCCCCUGUCCUGUGGCGCCCCUGUCCUUUGGCGCCCCUGUCCUGUGGCGCCCCUGUCCUUUGGCACCCCUGUCCUGUGGCGCCCCUGUCCUGUGGCGCCCCUGUCCUGUGGCGCCCCUGUCCUGUGGCGCCCCUGUCCUGUGGCGCCCCUGUCCUUUGGCGCCCCUGUCCUUUGGCGCCCCUGUCCUGUGGCGCCCCUGUCCUUUGGCGCCCCUGUCCUGUGGCGCCCCUGUCCUGUGGCACCCCUGUCCUGUGGCGACCGUGUCCUGUGGCGCCCCUGUCCUGUGGCGCCCCUGUCCUGUGGCGCCCCUGUCCUGUGGCGCUCCUGUCCUUUGGCGCCCCUGUCCUGUGGCGCCCCUGUCCUGUGGCGCUCCUGUCCUGUGGCGCCCCUGUCCUGUGGCGCCCCUGUCCUGUGGCACCCCUGUCCUGUGGCGCCCCUGUCCUGUGGCGCCCCUGGUCCUGUGGUGCCCCUGUCCUUUGGCGCCCCUGUCCUGUGGCGCCCCUGUCCUGUGGCGCCCCUGUCCUGUGGCGCCCCUGUCCUGUGGCGCCCCUGUCCUGUGGCGCCCCUGUGCGAGACAUACAUGACUUGCCAAGGCAGCGGCGGCGUGGGCUCAAGUGAGUUCACUGGUUCCAUGUCAUCACAGUCCUACACAGCAGUGUUCCCAACCAGGGGUGGGGGUCUGCAGGGGUGGGGGUCUACAGGGGUGGGGGUCUGCAGGGGUGGGGGUCUACAGGGGUGGGGGUCUGCAGGGGUGGGGGUCUGCAGGGGUGGGGGUCUGCAGGGGUGGGGGUCUACAGGGGUGGGGGUCUGCAGGGGUGGGGGUCUACAGGGGUGGGGGUCUGCAGGGGUGGGGGUCUGCAGGGGUGGGGGUCUGCAGGGGUGGGGGUCUACAGGGGUGGGGGUCUACAGGGGUGGGGGUCUACAGGGGUGGGGGUCUGCAGGGGUGGGGGUCUACAGGGGUGGGGGUCUGCAGGGGUGGGGUUCUACAGGGGUGGGGGUCUGCAGGGGUGGGGGUCUGCAGGGGUGGGGGUCUGCAGGGUGGCUGUCUGGGGCUUCUAAAGGAAAGCAGGAGCCAAACGAAUCAGCAGACGUGGACCCGGACCCAGGUCCAGGAGGGCUGGAGGACCAGGACCAAGAGGAUAUCAACCUGGACCUUUCCCCAAAGGACAGCGUCUCUAAUGUCUCCAGAACCAGCGCCUCUUCUGUGGCAUCUGCAAAAAUGGUUGCUGAAGCAUGA